CGCAUCUAAUGAUAAUAUGACUCGUCAAGCAAAUUAAUAUAAACAUCAACAUAGUAAAGUCGUACUCGAACCGUCGCGAGAGAAGGACGCUGCGAAAUGUUACGAUAGAGAUCGAUUAGACUAUAUUUUUUUUUUGAAUUUAUCUGUUGUAUUGGACGGUUGCGGAUUUUGGAGUUACCACAAGAUGAAUCUACUUACGAGUUUAUUAGUGUUGGCCGUGUCUGCAGUUUACGCGGACGACGUGCUGCAACCUUCCUGCAACAGACCUGUAUACUGCAACAGCAAACUGCUGUUCUGCGUGCAAACCGCCGGCAUCUUUCAAGACUCUAAGACCUUCGUCGAUCUAGAGAUGAAAAACAGUGAAAAUAGCACUCUUGCAGCCUUCGACCGCCUCCUGGACAACACAAGCAACUGCCCCACAAAAUCGAAACUCACGGAAUUCGUAGAUGAAUAUUUCAGCGCUGUAGGCGAACUAGAAAAUUGGACUCCACCCGAUUACAAUCCUCAACCAGCAUUCUUGGCUACCAUCAAAGACGAACGUUUCAGGAAUUUUGGAAAAGGAAUGAACGACAUCUGGCCAACACUCGGCAGAAAAGUAAAGUCUAUCGUCUUCGAGCAACCGGACCGUUUCAGUUUUAUCCCUGUUCAUAAUGGAUUUAUCAUCCCCGGCGGUCGGUUUACGGAACUGUAUUAUUGGGAUACUUAUUGGAUCAUCGAAGGUCUCUUGGUCAGUGGAAUGCAUGACACCGUCAAAGGCGUUAUAGCGAAUUUAAUAGAACUGGUAAAGAUUAUUGGACAUGUGCCUAACGGUAGCAGAUGGUACUACCAACAGCGCAGUCAACCACCCUUAUUGACAGCCAUGAUGUCACUUUACAUUCAAGCCACGAACGAUGUCAAAUUCUUAAAAGACAAUAUAAAUUAUCUUGAAGAAGAAUUGGAGUAUUGGUUGGAUACACAAUUGAUUACCUUCAACGCCAACACCAAGUCUUACUCAUUGCUUCGGUACUAUGCUCCCAGCAAAGGCCCACGGCCCGAAUCAUUUAAUGAAGACUACAGCAAUGCUCAAAAAUUCGAUACGGCAGAACGUCAACAAGAGUUCUACACCGACCUAAAGAGUGCAGCUGAAAGUGGAUGGGAUUUCUCUUCUCGCUGGUUCAUUAAUAAAGAAGGUAACAACAACGAUACUCUGUUGACUCUCCGCACCAGUCAAAUUAUUCCCGUUGACCUGAACGCUAUAUUUGCAAGUGCCCUAAAAAAGGUCGCAGAUUUCCAAACUUCUCUCAAUAACCGCCGCAAAGCUGCACAUUGGGCGUACCUCGCUAAACAAUGGCAAAGUACUAUCAAAGAGGUGCUGUGGAAUGAUGAGGAUGGGAUUUGGUACGAUUGGGAUUUAGCGAAUGACAAACAUCGCAAAUACUUUUACCCGAGCAAUGUUGCGCCUCUAUGGAUGGGCGUUGUUGAUAAAAAAUUUGUCAAACUGAACGCUCCACGAAUUCUGGCAUGGCUGGUUAAAUCUCACGGUCUUGACUUCCCUGGUGGUGUUCCGACUUCGCUUUCUAGAUCUGGAGAGCAAUGGGACUUCCCUAACGCGUGGCCACCUCUAGUGAGCAUAACAGUGAACGCUUUAGAAGCAUUGCAAACUGCAGAGUCUUCAAGGAAGGCUCGUGAAAUUGCUCAAACCUGGCUCCGAGCAUGUCUCAAGGGAUUCACAACAACUAAACAAAUGUUUGAAAAAUAUGACGUGGAACUACCUGGGAAAAUAGGCGGUGGAGGAGAAUACAACGUUCAGACUGGUUUUGGUUGGUCCAAUGGAGUAGUACUAGAGUUCCUUAAGAAGUAUGGCCGUGUAGUUACCUCGCAAGAUACUGCUGAUGAUUAUUUGAAUGUACUACCGGCUGGUAUUCCGAGUGGUUUAUCAGAUAUGGUGCCAUCAGCGAUCAAUGCUGCAUCAGAAUACAUUGAAAUAAAUAUGUUAGUGCAAACGCUAAGAAGGUAUGUUCCCCUAUAUCCAGUUCUGGGACUGCUCGGAGCGUGCGCUCAGGCGUUCAGUGUGGUGCCCUCUUGCAAUUCUUCCAUCUACUGCUCGGGUGAACUCCUGCAUAGAGUCCAACUGGCACGCAUUUUCCUCGAUUCGAAAACAUUCGUCGACCUUAAGCUCAAAUAUUCCGAAAAUGAAACCUUGGACCAUUUUGCGAAACUAAUGCAAGACACAAACCAGAAUCCCUCGCGAGAGCAACUAGCAAGUUUUCUCGAUCAACAUUUCUCGGAGGGAAACGAGCUCGAGGAUUGGAAACCGCCUGAUUUUGACCCCGACCCGCCUAUCUUGCAACAAAUCUCAGAUCCGAAGUUGAAGGCGUUCGCAAAAAGUAUCAUCGGAAUAUGGGCCAAAUUGGGACGAAAAGUUCAGGAGGAUGUUAAAAUAAAUUCCGAUCGUUACAGCUUUUUAUACGUGCCCAACGGAUUCAUUGUGCCGGGUGGACGGUUUAAGGAAUUAUAUUAUUGGGACUCAUUUUGGAUGGUGCGUGGACUUCUCCUAAGUAACAUGCCUCAAACAGCGAAAGGCAUGAUCGAAAAUCUUUUGUAUCUAGUCGAAAAAUACGGGUAUAUACCCAACGGUAGUCGUAACUAUUAUCUGGGAAGGAGUCAACCACCCUUGUUGGCAGCUAUGGUGGCGAGCUAUUUCGCAGCUACCGGAGAUCUUGCGUGGCUUGAACGGAAUAUUGAGACUGUCGAAAAAGAGCUACAGUAUUGGUUGGAUAAAAAAAAAGUGACUGUUGAAGUCAAAGGUAAUAAAUACAUGUUGUUGAGGUAUUUUGCUGAUAGGCAAAGCAAAGGGCCGCGACCAGAAUCAUACUUCGAGGAUUUCAGUAACGCUCGUACCCUGCCAAAUGAAGAUAUGCGUGAAGACUUUUACACGGAGAUGAAAAGUGCUGCCGAAAGCGGAUGGGACUUUUCUUCAAGAUGGUUUGUGACAGCUGACAAUGAAGUUGGGAAUUUAACAGAUGUGCAUGCUACUCGUAUUCUUCCAGUAGACUUAAACGCUAUAUUUGCGGGUGCACUUGAAUUUGCUGGUUUUUUUCGUAAUACGCUAAAAGAUAGAAGAGAGGCUCAAAAAUGGUGGAGCUUAGCUAAAUACUGGCGGAGUGCUAUAGAGAAUGUCUUGUGGGACCCUGAAGACGGCGUUUGGUAUGAUUACGACGCUCUAGCAAAGGCUCCAAGGAAACAUUUCUAUCCUAGUUGCGUCACUCCUUUAUGGUCUGCUGCGAUAGAAGAUUACAAUGCUCCAAAAUACGCAGAGCGAAUAGUGAAGCAUCUUCUCUCAUCAGGUGCUCUCGAAUUUCCUGGUGGUAUUCCAGCGUCAGUGUUGCAUUCUGGCGAGCAGUGGGAUUUUCCCAACGCUUGGCCGCCGUCACAGAGUAUUUUAAUUGGAGGAUUAGAUUCCAGUGGUAAUGAGGAAGCCAAGAGAUUGGCUAAAGAGCAAGCGGGGUUAUGGAUUCGUUCGAAUUACAUCGGUUAUAGCACUUGGCAGAAGAUGUUUGAGAAGUAUAACUCUGUGCAACCUGGUCACCAGGGUGGUGGGGGCGAGUAUGGGGUUCAGGAUGGUUUUGGUUGGACAAAUGGUGUGGUGUUGGAGUUGCUACAAAGAUAUGGUAAGGAGUUGGUGCUUUAUGAGCAACCUGGAGACCUCGAACCGAAAAUUCGCUUAGUUAUAUAAUCAAGAAGAGUACAUAUAAGUAUUUAUUUAACCUAUUUAUGUAAAUAUUCCGCUAUUGCUUUCAUAAAUAGGUAUAAUAAAAUUUAUCACGCUAGGUGAAUAUCACCUAUAUGUAAAUUUGUAAUUUGCAUCGUACAAACCACGAAUGGUUAAAAAUUAUUGUAAGUAGGUUGAAAUGAUUUGUGCGUAUCUGUAAAUAAAAAUUUGUAAAUGUAAAUAGGAGGACAAUCACAUGGCACAAUUUUGUUAGUUCGUAAGAAAAAAUGUGUGAUAAUAUUAUUGUAUUAUUCAUUGAAGGAAUAACAAUAUAAAUAAUUUUUUUAUGAAUA